AUGCUUGAAGAUUAUUGGUUAGUUAUUACUGUUGAUGCUGCAGCGGCUUUGCACUCACUUUGGGCAGCUUAUUGUGUCCGGAUGCGGGCGUUGUCUGACGAUGAGUUAAGAGAAGAGCUAAAGGCUAACGGGUUUGAACCUGGCCCGAUCACGCCUGCUACUAGGCAGGUUUACGAGAGGAAACUGGAACGGUUGCGUAGGGAUAAUAAAUCUGGUCCCAAAAUACUUUCCUUCGAUAAAACCAAGCCGGGGGAAUCAACUAAGUCUGAGGGUAAUGGCUCUUCAUCAAAGUUGUUUUCCCGUUCACUGAAUCGAAACUCGUUGCUAAGCUCAACGCGUGCCGAUGCAUCCAACAGCCUGUUGGAAUCCGAUUUCCGACGUCAGCUUCCAAACACAUCAUUGCGAGAUCCCCACAUUGGAACAGCUCCUCUUCAGCAGAAUCCUGGUAACACACCAACUGCUGGGAUUCGAUCACCUUUGAGAGCAGUCAACACCGAUUUUCUGCGGACUUCCUCAACCGUUGCAAAUGUUGGAGUUGGCAUUAGACCCAAAAGUUCCGUCUUAGGUCCUUCUGCUAAACAAUCCUUUCAUCAUGAUUGCGGGCCGAGUCCAUCUACUUCCCCGCUUUCGUUUGGCCGUGGAAUGAGUACAUCGUACGGCAGUGAUCUCUACGGGAUCAGUAAUGCAACGGUAUCAUCCCAAGAAAGACCAGUUUGCUCUGGUUGGAUCCCACGAUCCUCUAAUUUAGGAUCGCGAAUUAUUUCUGAUGACUCAAAUCUAACUUCAGAUGAUGUCGUUCAUAGAGCUUAUCAGUCUGAUAAGAGCUCAAACUGCUGUCAGCCAUUGUCAGAAGAAUCCUUUGAAAAGUCAAUCUGUUCAAAAUUGUUUGGGUUUUCGUUUGGAAACCAGGUGCCAAAUUUGAUCUUGUUUUGUGGAAUUACCUUGCUCGCGGUGAUAGUUUCAAGCUAUCUUCUCUUGAAGGACAAACACAGUAAUGUGGGUCGGAUUGCUGACUUCCAAAAGGUAAUUUGUCUGCCUGAGGGACAUCAUAAACCAGUAACAACUGCAGUUUCUUCGCGGCAAACUUGCGUCAGUAGUCAAGAACUUCCCGUGAUCUUACGAAUAAUUCAUAGCCUUUUUGAAAUUCUUAGCCGAUUCGCUGGCGAAUACUUCUGUGGGGAUUCGGUUGAAAGUUCAAGAAUGGAGGUGGAGACAGCAAAGCGUCUUGUUGAAAGUUACUUCGCAGAUCAUCCUGCCACCUCUGUGUCUGUGAAUCAGGUAGACGACUUGUGGAGCAAGGUUUUGAUCAUGAUUGCUGAAGUUGGGCAAAAACACCUGCAAAUUGCUGCCUAUGACUCGGAUGGUCACCCUUCUGUAAACUGCCACGAUGUGGUAGAGUUAGAGAGUCUACGUCCAUACAUCCCCGGCAGUUGUCGCCUACGUCUUUUCGCUCACUCCGUUUUGCACUUUCUGAACAACCUUCUUUGGGUACUUGUUAUUCUCUCUGCAGUGGGCGGUUUUUGUUAUGUGAUUUACCGCAUCAAGCAGUCCCAGCAGAACCGCUCAAAGAAACGCGCAAUGCGUGUUCGAGAAAUCGUUCGUGAGGUGUCUUGCAUACUACAACAGCAACUACAGCACAGACAAUCAAAUCCUCCUGAACCGCCGUAUGUACCUGUUUCAGUGAUCAAAGAAAGGCUCAGUCACACCAAUUCAGAUUUGGCGGAGUUUUGGACAGAGGUGGAACACUACGUGCACUUGGUGGAGGGGAGUAUUUUAGUACAAGAGUGGCGCGGCGUGGGUGAAACCUGGCAAUGGCAAGCGGGGUCGGGUUGGCAAGGCUCGGGUAAGCAUCUCUCUGUGUCUUCUCCACACUCUUCCACCACCAUCGCCAAUACGGCCAACAGCUUGGAGGGUCAGCCCCGCAGCUACACUGCUAACUCCAGCUGUGCUGUUGAGACCCUUCAAGGUAAAUCGCCUCAUCUGCCCUUCACCACGCCUCCGACAGAAUGCUUGAAGAUUAGAAACAUGUUUACCAGGGACGCUGAUGUAUUCAUCCUCACUCACCUCUCCCGCAGCUCAAUGGAUGCCUCUGCUAAACGUCGGCUGAUACGCGAACUACUCAAUCGUGUCGCAGGUUGUGGACCCAUCUUGCACAUAGGAUUGGAUAGUCAAAAUAAUCAGGGUUUAGUUUAUAUGAAGUGUGCCUCCCCCGCAGUUGCUGGCAGGGUCUUCGAAGUAAUAAACGCCAACUACUUCGAUAGUCAUCUUUUGACUGUCAAAUUUUUGCGUGCAUCCAAGUAUCACCUACGUUUUCCUGACGCGCACAGCGUCGUCACCCCGCUCAACGCUGCAGACUUUGAGUAA